AUGGUUGACAUUGAUAGGCUUGCUGAUGAGGCUCUUAAACUUCUCGAUGACGCCAAGCAAGUCAACUACCGGAUAGCUAUCAUGAUCGUAGGGCCGCCUGGAUCUGGCAAAUCUACCCUAGCUGAGAAACUCUGCAAGACCUUAAACAGCAGGUUCAAUCAGUAUUUGGAUCGUGAUUCAAAUGCUGAAGUUGUUCUCACAGAGAAGGGAAACGAGUUUCCAGAUUUGGUCUCAGACCUCGGUGAGAUUUCUGCAAACUUGUAUAAUGAAAUGGCUGAGAACGAUGGGAUCAGCAAAGAACUGGUCGAGAAUGUUGAUUUCAAGCCAGUUAAGAAAUCUUAUGAUGACGGUCGGGUGGAAGUGAUAGGAAGAGGUGGCCAACCGAAUGCCUUUACAAUAAAGAGGCAGGCACCGAUGCUCAGAAAGCACGACGUCGACAUUGCACAGAUAAUCCCAAUGGACGGAUUCCAUCUCUCCAGGAAGUGCCUAGAUUGCUUCAAAGAUCCAGAAAGGGCACAUCAAAGAAGAGGUUCUCCGCAGACCUUCGACAGCAACAAUUUUCUACAACUGUGCAAGACUUUAGCCAAGACAUGCAUUACCAAGCCACCAGCUUGCGAAUCUGAGAGCUGUUUUGAGUUUAUUUCCAAGACUUUUCAGUCAUUGCCUGCUAUCGAAAUACCGGGAUUCGACCACAAGAUCAAAGAUCCCACACCUAACCAAAUCUCAAUUGACCCUUACACGAGAAUACUGAUCUUCGAAGGCCUAUAUCUGCUCUAUGAUGCCGAAAACUGGCAGAAUGUCCAUAAAGUCCUGCUAGACACCGGCGCUGUACUGAUCUGGAACGUCAAUAUUGAAGAAGGAGUCAUAAGGGAAAGAGUAGCCAAGCGACAUCUUAACGCAGGUCUUGUAACGACUCUAGAAGAUGGCAUCCGGAGAUUUGAGACGAACGACCUACUAAAUGCUCGUCUUAUCCGGUCACCUUUGAUCAAUAAUGGGAAUAUCGUUAGCAUAAGAAACGAUUGA